AUGACAAAAAAGAAGAUUCUACCAGAUCAAGAAUGUGAACUAUUAGGACCGGUAUCUAUAUUAAUUCAAUCAUUAUUAGGGUUGAUAGCUGUUUCAUCAUUGCUUUUGAAAAGAUCUUAUGAACAUCCAAGAAGACCAUGGAGAGUAUGGUUCUUUGAUGUAUCUAAACAAGUGUUUGGUGCUUUAGGUAUUCAUUUAUUGAACUUGACGGUAUCAUUAUUAAAAUCUAGAAGAUUGCUAUUAGCGCUUUCAGAUAAUGGCGGUGAUGAUGAUGGCGAAACAGGUAAUCAAUGUGAUUGGUAUUUUUUAAACUUAUUAAUGGACACAACAAUAGGGGUCCCAAUAUUAUGGUUUUGCUUGUUCUUUAUUUAUCAGGUCUGUGAAAUCCUUGGAAUUAAAGAUAUAGAGAGUGGUAAUUAUGGUAAACCACCAAGAAUUGUCCCAUAUUUGAAACAAUUGACUAUAUUUUUUCUUGCAGUAGUGCUGAUGAAAGGAAUAAUAUACUUGUUGCUUUACAUUCCAAUCUUCAUCAUGUAUGCUGAUUGGGUAUUAAGUUGGACAGAUGGAUUUCCAAAUCUACAAAUAUUUUUAGUUAUGCUGGUAUUCCCAACUUUAUUGAAUUGUUUCCAAUACUAUGUUAUAGAUAAUAUCAUUAAGUUCCCUACAAAUUUAUGA